CAUGUUUCCCAGAAGAUAAAAUAAGUUAACUGUUCAGGACAAACAAGACAAACAACUCAUUAACAGCUAAAAGAAAACAAACAAACAAAAAAACAACAACAACAACAACAACAAAAAAACAGGAUCAUUCAGCUUGAUGUGGCAUCAGAGGCUCACGGCGAUGAGUUUGAUGAAAAGAAAAUAGCAGAAAGGUGUGAGAAUCUGUACCGGUUUCGUCUGCAGUUGCGAUAUCUGAGGAUAUGGAACAAUAGACUCAAGUUCCUGUCUCAGGCCUGCUGUCAUGACAGGAGACGGGCUCUAAGCAAAGCUCUGUAUGCUCUGAGAUGGGCCGUCAACAUGCAUUGUGCUCAAACCGAUGCAGUGGAGAGGAGGAGAAGCGCUUUUCUGCUCUAUCAGAGUUUUUACCAGUGGAAGAAUCACUAUGAGAGCAGGCAUCUGAAGAACUCACUCCACAGUGAGCGCAACACAGAAGCUUUGAGAAAACGACUGAUUCAGCCCAGCAGAUCUUUAGCUCUGAUGACCACAUGCUCCACUUGGAGAAACCUGCAUGUGCUCAGAACGGCUGUGAUUCAUCAUCAUCUAUCUGUACUGUAUAAGCACUGGCUGCUCUGGAGGCAUCUGUGUCUAAAGCGUAUAUCAGAAAGACAGCAGGAGUGGUGGGCAUGUGUUUGGUGGGAGAGACGACUCCAGAGCAAAGCCUGGACCCUGUGGACAUUAACCUGGCAGAGAAAACAGCUGGCUGCACAUCAGCACAGGAUGGAUUUGUUAGCAUCGGCAUGGACGGAAUGGAAGGUCAGAAACAGUCAGAAAAAGCUGGAGACGUUGAUUCAGUCUGUUCAGAGAAGCAACCUUCGUCACUGUUUUCAUCUCUGGCAGAAAAGAGCAGAAACACAUCAAAAAGACAAAGAAAAACAGUUUGUUUUGAGCCGACACACCCUGCACUCCUGGCAUUGCUACGUUCAGAAGAAAAAGCUAACACGUUUGAGUGCCAAAGCACCGUGGAUGCUUUCCAGAUGGAUGUUAGCAGUAACCUUCAGGAAGUGGAGAGAUGUCAUAGAGAGGACGCGGGACACAAGGAGAUGUCUGGAGAGAGUGCGCCUCCUGCUGGAGAAAGGUAGAAUGCAGACUGCAUUUGUCGUUUGCCGCCAAAGUACUCGGGUGAGGAAGGAGUUAAAGAGAAUAUGGGAGAAUUCACAAAGAGCUCAAGUCUCACAGUGUUUAUCAGCAUGGAGAACACUGGUUCAGCGCAGUGCAUUGCUUCGGCAUUUCUGCCAUCAGAAAAAGGCGCAGACACUCAAGACAUGCUUACAGCACUGGAGCAGAUCUCUACAGCUACACGCUCUUCACAAGCAUUUCCUCAUCCAGCAGUUUCAUCCAAGACAUAGACACACAGGGCAGGGAAAGAUUGCCUGUAGGAUGGAAGUGUUGAAAUGGAAAACAGGUAUUUCAGCAGCAGGACUAUCAGCCAGACUCCUGCUCCACAACACUUUUUAUAAGUGGACAGAGAUAUUAGAGAAACACCAGCUGGCAAAAUCUCAGAGAUCAGCUCGUGAUAGAGCUCUUCAGAGGGCUGUUCUUCUAGAGUGGUACAGACACACUCAGGCUGGUUUCUCUGAUGGAGUUCUGCUCUUCACAGACAGACUGGCUCAUCUUCAUCCAUCAUCCUCUGCCUCAUCCUCAUCUGAUCCUCUGAUGUCCACCGCUUCGCCCCAGGUUGUGUUUCUACAAGCCCUCGGCAGGAUGAUGCACCCUGAUCUGAGUCUGGCUUUUUCCCAGUGGUGGAGUGUAGUGCACACUAACAGAGAGAUGAGACUGCAGGCAGAUCUCUGUAGAAACAGCAGGAGACAUGAAGAACUGACUUUGCUUUUCAGGGUGUGGAGAGCUCAAACACAGAUGCACUCCCCAGCUGUCCGACACUGGGAGAGGAGGGUGCUCUUUCAGUCUGUCAUUCAGUGGAAACAAAUGGUUUGCCAGAAACGCAAGAAACGUAUGUUGGAGCAGCAAGCAGCAGUGACUCAUGACACCAGUCUACUCAGACACUGCUUCACUACAUGGACCAGACUGGCCGUAGGGCCGCACUGUGAACAGCAGAAGUGUGCCGUUAAGUUGAUGAAGAGCAGAACAGAGAGACACAGACUGAACUUGAGCUUUUCCACAUGGGUUACACGUGUACGCCAGCAGCAGACCACCAGAGCCAUUUAUAAUCGCACACUACUGAACAGUGUCUUUUUAGAUUGGCUGAGGUGUGUUCAGGUCUGUAAAUGGAGGCAGGCACUGGCUCUGUUCUAUGCACACUACAGACUCUUGCGUGUGUGUUUCUGUCAGUGGAGAAUCAUCUGCGCUCAGCAGCGACUCGCCAGCAGCAAAGCACAACACACACUCCACCUGGGAGCCAAAGCCAUCUUACAGCAGUGGAGAAAAUAUACACACAUCAGGGGCCAUCGACAUGCUCUCCUGUGUGAGUAUGAUGAGAAGAGGAAGACUGUCAUGAAGAGAAGAUCAUUUGUCAGGUGGAGCCAUGCAGUGGAGCAGUUCAGAAGAGCUCAGCAUUAUCACCAAAGAGCCUUAAAGCACAGGUGUUUCCGUCAGUGGCUUCAUGAGUUCAGGCAUCAAUCAGAGCUGCUGUGUGUGAGCAGAGAGCUGAGGGAGGUCUGGACACGGAGACUACAGCGGAGAGCCUUCAGCCUCUGGCAGCUCAAACUCAAUCAUUGUGUGGAAACAGAAACUUGUUGA